AUGACCUCGCUACCCGAAUCGUCUAUAGUCGAGCAGCUUCCCCCAUCAAGCGUGUCCGUUGCACCUGUAGCACAGUCCUCAUCGACCACCGAUGCGACGGUUCCGCCCCUUCUCCAAGUGGGCGUCCCAAUGAUCAAGGUGUCUGCGAAGAAGCAGAAACGAUAUCUCUUCAGACUUGACGCGGACCAGGGGCAAAUCAUCUGGCAGUCGAAGAAGCUGCGGUUUAUCCCGAUCGAGAACAUCAAGGAGCUGCGCGAGGGCGCAGACGCACGAUACUACCGCGAACAGUUCCAGCUUGCGCAGGAAUACGAAGACCGAUGGCUCACGAUCGUCUAUGUGCUCGACGGCGGGUACAAGACUCUGCACCUGAUCUCGGCGACGCGCGACAUCUUCCAGCUCUGGGACGUCACUCUACGCAGGCUGUACUCGAUCCGCCAGCAGCUUAUGAGCGGACUUGUCAGUGCGGAUAUGCGGCAGGCGGUCUGGGAGAAGCAGUUUUGGAAGGGCGCGGACGACGAGCAGGACCAACGGCUCGACUUUGAUGACGUCGAGCGAUUGUGCAGGCGGCUGAACAUCAAUCCUUCGCGCGAAGAUCUUCAGCGACGAUUCAAGCAAGCGGACAGCCAGAAUCGAGGUUAUCUCGACUUUGGCGACUUCAAGCGUUUCGUGAAGCACCUGAAGGCGCGCCCCGAGAUUGACAGGUUGUAUAAGAAGCACGUGAACGGCGCGGAGGGGAUGACCUUUGCCGCGUUCGAGCAGUUUAUGCAGACGUCGCAGAAGUCUUCACUCAGCCGCGUCGAGCUCGAGCACAUCUUCCUGCGCUAUGCCUUCUGCCCCAACGGCAAGGCACCAGGUUCUCCGCCGCAGACCUCUCUCGACUUGGCUAUGCAGUCUAUCUCGAUCGCCAAGGAGGCCGGGCCGCAGUCGUCUCUACCGUCUGCUGAAUCACCGCCCGGUACGGCCACGACUGCAUCGAGCACCUCCGUCCCAUCGGUGGACGAUGCGCUCAUGAAGCUGAGCGGCUUCACGGCGUUCCUGCUGUCUGCGGACAACUCCGUCUUCGCGGACCAGCAUGGGCGCACAUAUCACGACAUGUCACGUCCGCUGCCGGAGUACUUCAUCUCGUCGUCACACAACACGUACCUGGUCGGGCACCAGCUGGUUGGGGAGAGCACGAUUGAGGGCUACAUCCGGGCGCUGCUCCAUUCGUGCCGGAGCGUCGAGCUCGACAUCUACGACGGAGACACCGAACCGACCGUAUACCACGGGCGGACGCUCACGUCCAAGGUCUCCGUGCGCGACGCCUGCGCGGCAAUCGCGAAGUACGCGUUCGUGGCGUCGCCCUACCCCAUCGUGAUCUCUGCCGAGAUCCACUGCUCUGUCCCACAACAAGAGCAGCUUGUCGAGAUCAUGAAGGAGGUGUUCGGGGACGCGCUCGUAUGGGCGCCCGUCGACGGCCGGCCGAAGAUCGAUGCCCUGCCGAGCCCAGAGGACCUCAAGGGCCGUGUGCUGCUGAAGGCGAAGAACCUGUACGUCGUGGAAGGGCAGGCGGUGUCCGAGAAGGAGGUCGGCGUCGAGACGGAGUCGUCCACAUCGACGGACACGUCUGCGUCAGACUCCGAUGUCGCCGCGGAGCUGAAGCAAGAGUGGCGCAAGGCGCGCCAGAACGAGGCAGAACUGAUCCGAGACCUAAAGUCGGAGUUCAAGAAAGCGCGCGGGGCACUCAACCGCGUGCGCUCGCCGGGCGCGCAGAAGGUCGCCUCGCAGAGCGUGCCGCAGUCGCCUCCGCCUUCCGGACAGCCCGCGAAGCCGAAGGUGAAGAUGUCGAUGGAGCUCGUCUCGCUGCUCGUGUACACCGUUGGCGUCAAGUGCCGCGGGAUCAACAAAAAGGAGGAGUACGCGCCGGAGCACAUCUUCUCGCUGUCGGAAAACACGGCGAACAAGCUCCUGAAGCAGGGCAUGAUGGACCUCAUCAAGCACAACCGCACGCAUCUCGUCCGGACGUAUCCCAAGGGCACGCGCAUCGGGUCGACGAACUACGAGCCGCACCGAUAUUGGUCUGCGGGCUGUCAGCUGGUCGCCAUCAACUGGCAGACGUUUGACCUCGGAUACAUGAUCAACCACGCGAUGUUCCAGCGCAACGGUCGUGCUGGAUACGUGCUGAAGCCGCUCGCGCUGCGCAGCUCCGACAAGCAGCUGCUCGCGCGGCGGACGAAGCACUUGCUCAACAUCACUAUCAUCUCCGCGCAGCAGCUGCCCAGGCCGAAGGACUCGCAGGGACGCGAGAUCAUCGACAAGUCCAUCGUUGACCCGUUCGUCGAGGUGUCCAUCCAUAUACCCGACUGGACGCACUCGCCAUUCCUCCCAGAGAAGACUGCCGACGCGUACUCUCCGCCGACCGCAGGUAACAUCGUGGAGGCGACGUCUGCGCGCACGGUGACGUGCCGGACCGGCGUCGUGAAGAACAACGGGUUCAACCCAGUGUGGGAGCAGCAGAUCUGCCUGCCCUUCGAUCUCGUUGGCGACAUGAAGGACCUUGUGUUCGUCCGGUUCUCUGUGAAGCAGGAGAACAAGGAGGACGACGAGCCGCUUGCCGUUUAUUGUGCCAGUCUGGGCAGCUUGAACCUUGGAUACCGGCAUCUUCCCCUUCAUGACGGGCAGCUCUCCCAAUACCUUUUCUCAACGCUCUUUGUCCGGAUCGAUAUCCAGGAUGCCUAA